AGAAUGCAGUAAAAGAAAAGCGUGGGAAGGCCCAUUACUCAUUCCACUUAUUUUUAUUUUAAUAAUGGUAUGCUGACUAAUUAGUUCUUAUUAAGAUAAAUACGUAACGAUAUAAAAAUAAGUAGUGGGUUAUUUUUAUAAAAAAGUACAUAUUUUGAAGUAAAAAAAUAUUAGGAGUGACCAAAAAACAUUUUCUUUUUAAAUUCGUGAAAUUCCCACAAUAUCUUCAAAUGCAAGUGCAUCAUACUUAUUUAUAAUCUAUAGUAUAUGUUUAUUCAUAUGUACACAGUGAUUAAAGGUGUAGUUUAUCACACAUACAACCGUUAUAUCUAUUGCGGUAAGUGAAAGGCAGCACUUGUCACGAAAAAUCGAUUAAACGCAGAGUGCUGGUAGUAAAACUCGCCUAGUUCACGUUGUCUCAUGAUCACUAGAGGAUCAGAAACAUCAGGAGACUAACGAAUGGCGACUUUAGUCGUCUGGUUUUUCUUUAUCUUUUGUGGAAAAUCAUUUUUUUGAAACUACAUAAAAUAUAUAAAGUUCGAAAGCUCAAGUUCUAUAGCAUUGUUAUAAAGUAUUCGUGAAAAUUUGUUAAUUAUUGUGGAAAAAACAACUGUAGCCUCGGAAUAAAUUUUUUUUGACUCAACUAAACCAUCAAAACUAUUUCAAAUCUACCACUGUUCAAUAAUUUGUUACAUAAAUUAAUCCUUAGUAAAGAACUCGGGGCUUAUUCCCGAUUUUCUAUGAGUCUGUGGAUUUAACAUCAAUUCCUAUGACAUCCGGAAAGGAAACGAUGGGUGAACAGCCAAUUUUCACAUGCAAGGCGCAUGUGUUUCAUAUAGACCCCAAGACCAAGAGGUCGUGGGUUUCAGCAUCCACAGCUGCGGUGUCUGUGUCCUUUUUCUAUGAUUCUACAAGAAGUUUGUACAGGAUUAUUUCGGUUGAAGGAACAAAGGCCGUUAUAAAUAGCACAAUUACUCCAAAUAUGACUUUUACUAAAACUUCACAAAAGUUUGGCCAAUGGUCUGAUGUAAGAGCUAAUACAGUUUAUGGAUUAGGAUUCUCGUCAGAAGCUGAAUUAGGGAAGUUUAUUGAAAAAUUCCAUGAAGUAAAAGAAGCCACUAAAUUAGCUGGAACGAAGUUGCAAUCAAACAGUUCAUCAGUUACACCGUCGACUAGUGCAAAUGUCAGUCCAAUAACUCAACGAUCAUGCAUGCCUUCAUCAGAACAAGAUUUAAUUGAUCCUCCAAACUCUUCUAUGAUAAAUUCUAACACGACAACUUCAAGUAACUCAAAUACAAAUGCAAAUGUAAUAGUGGGGUACAGUGGGUCAUCAGUUAGUAGUAGUCCCUUACCAGGAGCAUGUCAAAUAAAAGCUGAUGAAGAAUUAAAAAAUGCUAUUCAUGCGAGAUCACAACAGAUAGCGGCAUCUCAACAGAGUACAGAAAGUCCGCAACAUCAAGGGAAAUCGGGUCAAAUUAAUUCAAAUCAAAGCGGGCAGUCGACUGAGAUGCAGUUAAAGUACGAAAAUGAUAGGCUUAAACUUGCUCUUGCUCAGAGUUCAGCUAAUGCAAAGAAAUGGGAGAUUGAAUUAGCCAUGCUUAAAACUAAUAAUACUAGAUUAACUAGUGCAUUACAAGAGUCGACAGCCAAUGUUGAUGAGUGGAAACGACAAUUGCAAAUGUAUAAAGAAGAAAAUGCACGUAUUAAAGCUAGGUAUACAGAUUUAGAAGGUGGAAAAAUAUCAGAAGGUAACAGUGAAGCUCUUAAGCUGAGAGUUGAAGCAUUGGAAAAUGAAUUAAGAACAAGAAAUGAAGAAUUAAAAGCUCUUACAAUGGCAACAAAAAACAAAGAUUUUUUGGCUUUACAAAAAGAAAAUACCGAACUUCGUCAUACAUUAAGUUUGGUUCACGAGCAGUUGGAGCUUGCGUUAAGUGCUAAUAAAGUUCAAAAACAAAACUUGGAAACGUUAAACUCUCGACUAGCUGGAUAUAUUCAAGAUUUAGCUACAGUGCAUCGAGAAAUUACGAACACACUACAAACUUAAAUACGUAUGUAUUUACAAUUUUUAUUGCAAUUACGACGCAGGACGUAACGAUUUUCUUUGAUGACUAAAAUAAUUUGAGUAAUAUGGUUUUAAAAGUAACAAUUAAAGAAAAAAACUAUUAAUGAAAAAUUAACCGACAGUGGUUAAAAUAAUUAAAAUAAUAAUUAAAACAAUAAAUAAAACGAAGGGCCACGUUCCAAAAAAAUACAUAUCGUAGUAGACUCCUUCCAAAAGAAUUAUUUAUUUCAAUUGUGCCACCAAAACAAUCUCGAAUCUCAAUAUUUAUUCUAUUGUUGUGCCACUCUGUAGAUUUUGUUGUUAUAAAAAAAUAAGAAUCGUUUUCGAAUCUCUUUUACUCGAACUAAAAUAAGAAUUCUCAGGCAACUGCAUUUUUUAAAUAAAACUUUUUAAAGCUUAGAUAAUUAAUAAAUCGUUAUCGAGCACAAAUGCCAUAAUUGUAUAAAUGUAUUUAUCAUAAUUAAAUCAUGAUUAGACAGUUAUCAAAUAAUAAUUAAAUAUUAAUUUAAACGAUAUAGAUAUUAUUUUUAAUGAGACUGAAUUUUUUUAGACUAUUAGUUUUGUAUUAUUCUAUUGAUUCGCUUCCAAGAUUGACAAUGAAAGAGCUUAAAGGAGCUUAAUAAUAAUAAUUAUUAUUAUAAUAGUAAUAACACAAAAAUGUAAACGAGUGGAGGAGUUAUAAAAACAUAUCAUAUUAAUUGAUAUGUAUUCAUUAAAUAAAUGUGUCGGUUUUUUUGGAACCCGUCCCUUUGGUUGAUAAAUAAAUGCGACGAUGGCGAUUUACAUCGAAUGCGCCUCAUAAAGUGCACAAUUGCAGUUAGUAAUAAUUAGUUAAUUAGAUGAAAAGAAUGAGAGAGAUUGAAUUAAUUGAAUGAUUUAUUUCAAAUAAAAUUGUUAGCAAUACUUAAUUAAUUUAUUAUAUUAAGAUUUUGAAUAUUAUAUUUAUUAUUUAAUCGGUUGUGAUAAAAUGAUUAGAGAGAAUAUUGCUGACAAUUACACUGUAAUAGCUGAUUGAAAUCAUCUGUCAAUCUUGAAUAAGUGUUGCAAAUUUUUUUAUUAGAAAAUUAAUCAUUUGAUUAAACAUUUGAACUUUUAACGAUUUUAUUUUCAUUAAUGACUCAAUGAGGACAUCGAUAAUUAUUUGGCCUGAACAUUGAGUGAUUACUUUUAAUCAUUUUUAAAAAAAAUAUUAAUAAAAAUGAAUUAAGAUAUCUAGUUGAAAUACUUAGAUAUUAAUAAGUAGACAAUUUUCAAUAAAUUUAGGUAUACAUUAGUUUAGUUUUAAUUGAGAAGAAAAAGUUUAAUAAAAUAAAUUAACGAGUGGAUUAAUGGAACAAAGUGUCAAUCAUCUUUGUUGAGGCUUAAUAUUAAUCGAAAUAUUGAUCAAUAUUGAUGAAGCACCUGUCAAAUAAGAUGAUGAGAUUGCACAAUAAUUUUUGGCGAAUUUGCACAUUCUCAGGUACUUGCAAAAAUAAUUCACUCUUGAAUAAUGCGAGACCCUAUUGAUUUUUAUUACUAUUUCGCAUGUAUGCGGGGAGAACAUAAUAGAGAUAUUUUAAUUAUUUAUUAAUCAAGAUUUUAACCUUUUCAAAUUUUAUUUUUUUUAUAGUUUUUAUUUAUUUUUAUUUUAUAACUACAACUGCCUAAGUAUUUUUAUUUUCCAGAAUAGUUAUUAAUAACAAUGAUUUAAAAUACUACUUUUUUUUUAUGUGAAAAUUCUCUAACGAUCAGAAAAAAACUUUUAUAAAAAUUUAUCAAGUAACAUAGGAGAAUAUGAAAAGGUUAAAAAUAAUAUACCAUAAUCAAUGGAGUUGAAUUUUAAGUUUGUAAAAGUUUUGCAUGUGUAUUUGUUAUAGAUAAUAAUUAACCAUUUUUUUAUUUCAUUUAUUAUUUAUUAUUUAAGCCGAAUAGGUUAUUAUUGUUGCCAAUGAGAAGAUGUAUUAUGAUCUCAGUCAAUCGAUAAAUAAUAAAUAAUGAUUAUACUCUUAAUAAUAAAUAGGCAUCUAGUCCUCCUCGUAUACGAGCUAAUGCACAAAAAUGGGGGAAAAAAUUUGAAAUAAAAAAAAAAACGAAAGGUGCAAAUCAUAUUUCAAUAUACAUACUAUCAGAUUAGGACAUUGUUGUGUUUUAUAAACUAUCAGAAGCAAUGAUUCGUAUUUCUAAAUAUCAAAAAUCAAUGAGAGAAUUUAAUGUGUAAGCUUUGACCUUUAUAGAACCGAUCGAUCUUAUUGGUAUCUUAUAAAUAUGGAUAAUUUAUUAUCAAUUGAAUAUUUACUAGGAUAUUUCAAUUAAUUUUUUUAAUAACAAAUUUUUUAAUUUUAUUAUUUAACGCGCCUGUUACUUCAUUAUAAGAAAAAAUGCUCAUGUCAUAAGACAAUAUUUUGUAACUUCAUUUUAUUAAUGAAAUUGUGAGCUUCUCUUUAUUGCAAUCGAUUGCAUUUUAUCAUUGUAUUUAUGACGAAAAUUUAAUAAUAAUUAUACAUUUUUUAACGACUAAAAUACUAAGAGCAACUAUUAGGAAUUCACAUGAUGAUCAAAAAUAAUAUUUAUGUUAUUUUAGUUAUUAUUACUAUUUUUAUGUUUAAUUAAUAUUAUUUUCUUUCAUCAAUUAUGCUCAAAAACAUACAAAUCAAAUUAGCUAUUCUUUAAUCUAUUUUUUUUUUUAAUAUAGAAUGAUAGUUUAUUCUUAAAAAAGUUAUUCUUAAAACUUCUAAUGGAUCUUCUUUGGGCAUUAUGUGAAUUUUCGAGCUCAAAUAAUCAAUUAACCAAUAAUUUUAACGGUUAUUAACGAGGAUACAAUUUUUUUGCCUAUUUUAUAAUUUUGUUUUGUAAAAUCUGUUUUAAUAUCUAAUAUAAGGUCGUUACAUGACGUUUUUAUACAUAAAAAAUAAGAAAAAAAGUAACAAAUAUCCAGAUACCAAAUAUCUUUAUUCCUUGGUAAGAAAUAAGUCAGCUGUGUGUUUAACGUUUUAUAAGAAGAUUUCAUGCGUUCAUCUUUUAACUGAUAGAUAAGUUUAUAUUUUAAACUCUCAACUAUCAAUUAUUAUGAUAGAAGAAAAAAGCAAAAAAAUCAAUAACAAAAAUUAAGUAUUAUAUAUUGGAGAUUAACGUCUAUUUAAUGAGUUGGUUUGUUAUGUUGGUUUCUGUAUCAAUUUAUACAUUUGAUUAUGAUUAAUAUUGUCAAAAUUACUAGAAGAAUUGUUUAUUUAUAUGUUUGUAAUGAUUGGUGAAAAUAAAUAAUAUAAUGUUCCUCAAGUGGAUGGUCGGUACAAACAACAAUAACAACAAUGUACAUAAAAAACUCUUUGAUUAAGUUUUAUUAACAUAGAAAAAAAAGAAAAGCUUGUCAGAUAUUGAAGCAUUGAUGUUUUUCAACAUUGAGAAAUGAAUGAUUAGAUUGUCAUCAAAAAUAUUAUAAUUUAAAAAAUUGUGUACGUUUUUAACAUGAAAAAAAUGAACAAAUAAAAUGAAAUAAACCUGCAAAUUUUAAAACGCAUGGUUUACGUAGUGACAAAAUUAACCGAUUCAUUUAGAGUAUCAUCAUCAUGUUGUACUCCAUACGGUUGAUAGAUGAAAUAAAGUUGGCAAUAUACUUCCUAUUGAGUAA